AUGCUUUUCCAAUCAAGCAUAUCAAUUGUACUGGGAAUUAUCUGGUGGAUGAGACAACAGAAGAAAGCCAUCCUUUAUGGGAGGUACAGGUCGGAAUCAUCCAUCGCUAAAAACCUAAUCCCGGCUAAAGUUGGCUGGUUUCUUCAGGAGUUGCCUUCGUUUUUUGUGCCCGUGCUGUUAAUGGCGCAUUCGCCCUCACACCUUCAUAACCUGGGGAGCAAACUGCUGCUGUUCCUGUUCUGUGGACACUACUUUCACAGGACAUUGAUUUAUGGAUGUUUCACCAGAGGACGAGAUGUUAAAAUCUGCUUUGUUUUGAAAUCUUUUAUAUUUUGCACCUGGAAUGGGUACCUUCAAGGACACAACCUGAUCUACUGUACUAAGUAUGAAGAUAGCUGGACCACCGACUUGAGAUUUUUGUUCGGGCUAAUGCUAUUCUUAGAAGGAAUGGCAUUCAAUAUUCAUAGUGAUCAUUUGUUGCGGAAGUUGAGAGAACCUGGAGAAGCAACUUACAAAAUUCCUACAGGAGGAUUAUUUGAGUAUAUCUCUGUAGCAAAAUACUUCGGUCAGAUUGUAGAGGGGUUUGGUUAUUCCAUAGCUACUUGGACCUUCCCAGCCUUUGCUUUUGCCAUUUUCUCAGCCCUUUACUUAGGAUCUCGUGCUUUGCAGCAUCACAGAUUUUAUGUGGAGAAGUUCCAAGAGUACCCAAAAUCUAGAAAAGCUUUAAUUCCUUUUUUAUUUUGA